AUGCUCCGGCGCACGGUUGCCCGUUUCAUGGCGUCUGAGGCGAUUGGACCGGCACAUCCCGAUAUUCUCUGGGGCUUCAUGGACGGGCGCUACGCCGGGCCUGGCUGGGUUAGCUGGAUCAAGCAACUGCCUGUGGAAACGCUCACCAUGCAAGGUGGGACAUCCAUGACAAAUAUGAACGACCGUGCGGGGGUUAUUUUAGAUCCAGAGGACCCACGACAUCCGAUGGCACUUAUCCAAUGGGGUCCAAUGAAUCACUAUGAUGGCGCUUUUAUGCAACUGUCUUAUGGGGACUACGGGAAAAUUAAAAAAGGUUCCCGUCUCAUGCAAGUUUUGUAUGAUAAUUAUUUAGAACCCUUUUCCAUGAAUCGUGUGUGCGCCCAGUUGUACUUUUAUCAAAAAGUGCCAAACAAUUAUCACGCUUCUGUUGAAGCCUCUGCAGAGUACAUAGGACAAACCGCUUCGCUGGUAGGACAGGUAGUGGUGGGUAUGGGCUCCGUUAUCAUGGAAGGCGUUACAGUGAAGGGUGACACAAAUUGUGUUUACAUAGCCGAGGGUGUACAGGUGAUGGAAAACACAUGUAUUGUGAGUGAUGCACCGACGGAUUUGUUAGCUUACCAACGUCAUGAGGCCAUUAAUCCAUAUCAGCAAUGGGACGGAAUGGAUGGCGUCUGCCGCAUAAUGCAAAACACAAUGAUUGAGCCAAACUGCUUUCUUGAUAGCUGUUCUAUUGGUCCAUUUAACCGCAUCGGCCACAACACCAAAAUUCUGAAGGGUGUGACAACAGGAACAAUGGUGCAUAUCCUUCCCGGUAGCGUAGUUACGGCCGAUACAAGGAUUGGAGAUGGGGAACUUUGGGGUGGGGCGCCUGCUGUUAAGCUUGGAAAAGUCAGCAAGUUCGAAUGGAAACGCCCCUACUAUGCCUCUCUGUUACACAAGGAGUGUGUUGUGGAGUCAUACCGCAACAUGUCUCGCUAUGGAGAUCAGGUGGUUUAUUUUCAGGACGAGAUGGGCAAGCUUGAUACUUUGAUGCUACAAUUUGAGUCUGACAUUACACCCUCUGUGAAAGCAAAGGUAAAGGAGUUUGUGCAGGGGCGUGAACCCUUCCAUCACAUGCUUACUCGCAUCACUCAGGGUUGGUCUCCUGCCAACCGCCCAGAUGAUAAGAAUUACAACCUUUGUCCCCCACUACCGGCUGUAAAACUCUUUGCGGAGCACAACAACGACUCCUCCGAUAGUUCGCUUCAUGGAACUUACAUGAAUAUUACGAACAUAUUUAACGAUUUUCGGUGGUAG